AUGAGAAUUGGAAAAAAUGAAUUGUUUCGUUGUAAGAAUCGCAUAUUCUUUUAUUUUAAGUUAACUUCAUGUUUGAAUGGUGUGUUCGAAGGAGGUUUAGAUUGUCAAGGGACCCUUUUUUUAAGGAGGAGCAAAGGAUGGAAAUCCAAAACGGAAGUUGGUAAAAAGAACUUCUCCCAUAAUAGGGAAGGCGAAAAUGGGCGACCAAAUUUUAACAAUGUAAUUGUUGAUUAUUUAGGAAUCCACAGAAAUGAACAAAAUGGAAAAGUUCAACAAAAAGUGCUAAUUGGAGAAAUGUUGAAAAACGCUCUGCUACAUGUAAAAGGUAAUAAAAGGGGAAAUCAAAAUGGAACUAGUCACAACACAGAAGGUGUUGUAGAACGUAUUCUCAACAAUAAGUUAAUGAUGGAAAACUUAAAUAUUAUCCAUUUUAAUAUGCUCUUAACUAUAAUAAGUAAGGGGGAAAUAACAUUGAGCAAAAAAAUGCAGGAUAGUAUUAUGCAUUUAUUACACAGACACAUUUUUUUUUACAGAAAUGAUAUUGACAAUACAAAUAACGCUUGGAUUAAUAUAAUCCAUAUUCUUUCUAACAUUUGUAAAAAUAAUAAGACUAUGUUAUGUUUAAUUAGAAAAAGGGGUUACUACUAUUUAGGGAGUGAGAAAACACAAGAAAACACUUCACUUUCGUUUGUAGAUAAAUUUGUACAUAGAAUAUGCAAACCAAAUGACUGGAAUUAUUCGAUAAGAGAAAUUUCUUUGUUAUUGCACAGUUGCUACUAUUUAAAUAUUAGAAGUUAUCUACUGUUUGAUACAAUUUUUGAAAAAUUGCAAAAAAAUGAGUAUCAUUUUAAUUGUUUAGAUACACACAUUUUUGUUUAUGCUGUCUAUAAACUACAAUUACAAAAGUAUGUGCCAUUUUUGGAAAAAUUAAAAAAAAAAAUUUUAAAAAAUAUAUGUUAUUUUUCAAGUGGUCAAUUGGUAAACAUAUUAUUAGCUUACACGCACGUCUACUACAAGGAUAAGAAUAAAAAAUUUCAUCUGAAGAAAGACCUUUUCAUAAAUAACAUUUUUGAAAACUGUUGGAAUAUGAUAAAUAAUUAUUCGAAUAGAGAAUUUUGUAACUUUCUCAAUUUUAUUGUACAAAAUGACAUUAACCUAAACCAUGAGCAACGGUCGGAGAUUUUUAUUAUCAUUUAUUACUUGUUAAAAAAUAAAGAAUGCAAAAGAUUAAAACUGAAACUUAUGAUUGAUUUGGACAUCUUCACGAUUUUAAAUUUUGUCUAUAAGUAUGGAAAUCUAGAUAACACCAUAACUUAUAUUACGAAAUUCUCCAUUUCUAAUAUAAAUGAUUUAAUUAUUCAGUUAAUUAAGAAGAAAAAAUUUAAGCAAAAUUUAUUAGUAUAUAUAUUACACUUUUACAAACAAAGUGUGGCUAACCUUCAUCCCAUUAGUAAUCAUACUGUACUACACUUCAUACAGCAUAUUUGUGCACACACACUGGAAUUCAAAAUGAAAGUUAUCUUAUUGACAUCUUUAGAAAGGCACGUAACAGUAGUAGGAGAUAAUCACACAGAAGAUACCCAUAAUUUUUCCAUUAACAAAUAUUAUUGCAAUUUGAUGAAAUAUAUAUAUAAUGACAUAUGUAAAGGAGAAAAUGUUCUUAUUUGUGAGAAGAAAAAGGAAAACAUUUUGAAUCCAAACGGUUGUCCAGAAGGGGUAGUAAUAUCUAGUACAGAUAUUAAGGAAAUAUUAAAAUUGAUUAAAAAGAGAACUCAAAAUAGUUAUUAUAAUUCUGAACAGUCUGGUAACUUAUCACAUACUGUUUCCCUAGAAAAGGAAACUUUAAAAGUGCAACAAAUGCUUCUCAAUGUUGCUAGUGACUAUGUGACAAAAAAUAAAAUAGUGGAGUUAUUCCCCCUUAUUUUGAUGAACAGAAAUGUACCUACAGACAUCUGCAACAAAGCAGAGAGUAUUAUAUACAACAUAUUUGAUAAUUUAAAUCAGCAUUUGUUAGAUCUUAAGAACGGAGUGAAUAUGAAAAAUAAAUAUGAAAAAAACAAAACAACCUUUAAUUUUUUCCAUUCAUUAAAUUUGUGCAACGAAUGCAUUUUUAGUAACACUUGCAUUAGUGGUGGUGGUGGUAAUAUGCAAAAAUUUAAGAACAACAAAAAUGCUAUAUUACAAUGUAUAGAGCUUAUACCUAUGAACGAAGAAAAUAAAAAAUAUUAUUUCCAGCUACAUGUCCAUAUGCUCCUAUUUGACAUCAAUAACAAUUUACCUUUUUUUAUAAAUCAUUUGUUAAGGAAAAUUUCGGAUUUUCUAGUGAUGAUCAAUUCGAAUUAUAAACAAUAUAUAGUAAAUUUUGUUGAUAUAUACUCAUCUAUAAUUAAGGUUCACACAAGUUACUAUGAAAUUUACAUAGAGAAGGUUUACAAGUAUAUGUACCCCCAAAUAUUUUCUCAUUAUGAAAACUUAAACUGUAAACAUUUGUGUCUUUUAUUUUAUUCAAAUUUAAUUCAUUUGUUUUUACAUAUAUAUGAUCGAAAGAAAUAUUCCAAUCACGUCACUUUAUCUAUUCGAUUGAUGUUAAAGCUGUUUAGUUAUUUUUUAAACUCAAUGGAUGAAGGAACAUACAAUUUAAUUCAGACCAAUAGUAUAGAAAUAUCCGAAUAUCAUAAAAGGGAUAAAAAUAUAAAAAUAACUCCCUCAUUAAACAUACCUGUGAACGAUUUAAUUUACUUGUAUAGAGUAUUAACCAUUUUUCAUUUUACGAAUUUGUAUGCAUACAUGAAUGUCUACGAGUUGAAAUGCCUUUUCGUUUUUCACCAAAUUUUGAAUUUUAACAUUUUUAAAGUGAACAAUUUUUCCGUUACAGAGUUUAUCCAGACGCAUAAAGGUAAACGGGGGAGGCCUCUACGCGGGCUUGUGCCGAUUGAGCUGACAAAAGAACGCGCCUUCACAUGA